AAUCUAGAGAGAGAGAGAGAGAGAAGAGAGAGUGAGAGAAUCGCGCCAGAGAGGAUUGAUAGAGUGUGUGAUUGUGUCGCAGAGCUGUUUGUCUCUUCACCACACUCUGUUUCCUAUGCUUCAAUUUGCUCCUUUGUCCCGUGUCACUCUGAUAUCUGCGGCGGCGGCGGCGGCGGCGACGGUGGAGUGUGGCGACGCAGAGGUCUGCUAGCCGGUGGUGAUCAUGAAUGCGCGGUCGCAGGUGUUUGAGAUGCGUGUGGAGGGCAGGCAGGUGGACGAGGCCGUGGCCAGCAUCUUCCACACGGUGCUGUUCUACAGAUCGCUGGGGAAGUUCGAGUACAAUCAGGAGGCGGUGUACUCUGUGGGUACAAUUGGCACAACCGAUGUCGAUUGCGACUUCAUUGACUACACGUACGUGUGCUGCACGUCGGACAGUCUGGAUCGCAGGCUGCGCAGUGAGAUCAGUAACUUCAGUGAGCAACUGCGCAGCAAUGAGGGCUGUGGCUCGGGGCAGAUCAGUCUGGAGUUCUUUCAGAAGAAGAAGAACCGCUGGCCAUUUGCGCCCGAGUGCAUUCCGUGGGAGGUGUGGACGGUGCGACUGGAUCUCAUCAAUCUGUACACGGAGGACGAGCGGCAGCUGUGCCGUGAGCAGGUGGGCGAUAUGCUCACGGAGAAGAUUCUCUACAUUUCCGAGGUGAUGAAUAGGCAUGAUUAUGUGCCGAGGAUGCCGAGUCAGUCGGAGAUGGAUUUGAUCUUCGACACCACCUUUCCCGAUGUGCAGCCGUAUCUGUUUAAGUUCAAAUUCAGCACAGCGGCACCCAGUGGUGGCUCCGUGGGCAACACAGUGAAGAAGCUGAUCAAGGAGACUCUCUCGUUGUGACUUAAUUUCCACAUUGUCUAUUGGCUGCAAUUCCUCGGUCUGGAUUGAGGAUGCGCGCUUCUGCCAAUCUUUCUCAAUUUACUUCUUACUUUAUCAUACUUCAAUAUCAACUAAUCAAUGUCUUUUGAUGGGUUGUCUUAGUUUCUUUUAGAUCGUUUCUAGAUAGUUUAAUUUCGAUUUUCUGGAAAAUCAAUUCUUCUCAAUCUUAAAAGGGCUUUUUUUCAUCUUCAUCUUUACAUCCUCAUCUCUUGAGUUUUAUUUCCUGGUCGUGUGUGAGAAAUUAGUCUCGUCAUUUGCGCGUAAAUGAGGAAGAAGAAUGUUGCAAUUGUGUCGUAGUCUCGAUGUCUUUUUUCCUUCUCCUAAUUGAUGGGUAAUUUAGAUUGAGAGACUCUUUUUGAGGAGAGAAUUAUAGAGAAGGAAAAAAUCCGUGGUGGUAAAAAAAAAUGUUCAAAUUUGGUGUAAAAAUAUUAAAUUAGAAGUUAAUCUUUGAGAGUAAACAAAUAUUUCUUCUCUGUAAAUACAAAACAAGAAGUUAAGGAAAUGUAGUAAUUUUACCCCGAAUGAACGUGGUUAAAGUGUGAGAAAUUGAUGAAUUACGCGCGCUUCAAAUGGAGGAAAAACACGUAAAGUUUCUCUUUUUCUUUAUUAUUUAAUUUAAUCUUGGAGAAUUCAAAGCUUACAAAUCUUACAAAUAAGAAGAAAUAAUAAUAAUGUAAAAUCACUGUCCAAAUAUUCCUGUGUUUUUUUUUAUUUGUUUUUAUUUCCCCAUUUUAAUUUAAAUAUGAUGUACAUAAAUGAAGCGAUUCAAGCAGCGCGCUAACAUGUAGAUUUAAUUAAUUUUGAUGUUUAAUGGCAUUGAAUAUUGUGAUGUGAAAUUUGCAAUGAUAACGUAAUGACUUCGAAAAAUUGAUUUUUUUGCACCGAAGUCCAAUGGAAACAAAGCAGGUGGAUAAGAAAUGAGGCAUAAUAUUUUGAAGACGAGGAGAGGCAUUAAUGAUUAGGACAUAUUUUUGGCAUAAAUGUUUUUGGAUUAAGUGAAAAGUGGUUUUAUGUUUAGAUUUUUCUUUGUAUUUUGAUAUCUUUUUAUAUUACUAUGAGAAAAAAAGUAUCUGAAAGUAUUUCAUUUGUGAGAAAUAGAGAGCAAAAAAAGAAGAAGAAGAAAAAGAACGAAGAGGAAAAUAAAUCAAAAAAACAGAUAAAUUUAGCAGUUAAAUGAAAGUAUCGCGCGUCAAAUAUGACCAAAAUGUCUUCAAAUUUUGAAUGAUACAACUGGAGGAGAGAAAAAAUGCCACAAAAGAGUGUUGUGUGAUUGAAUAAAAGGGGAAGAAGGCGAAUAAACAUGAGGCAUAGAGAGAAAGAGAAGGAAACAUAAAUGGAGAAUCGGGUUGAAAAGUUGUGAUUUCAAACAACCACUUUGUGUUAAUAACUGAUAAUUAGAUUUUUAAACACAAAUCUUGAGGAGGUGUAAAUGUAAAAAAAAAGCGAGUAAGAUGAGUUGAGAAUUACACAUUGAGAGAAUUCAUCUUAUUUAGCUUAAAAUAGAUGUUAAGACAAUGAAACUUAAGAUCCAACCACAAAUUAAGUAGUGAAUAGAGUGACGAUUAUGUUAAAUGAAUGCUAUUUUAUAAGAUUGCAAGUGAAAAAGAAUUAUUACCAAUUAAGUGAGAGAAAGAAAGCGGAUUUUAGGACGAUUUAAAGAUGAAUUAAUAAAAGGAGAAAACAGUGAUCAAAGUUCUGUAUGCAAAUGAA